ACUUUUGUAUUUGUAUUGUAUUGUUGUAGAGAUGCCGAACGGAAAGGUAUCGGUCUGCAGCCACCUUAUGGGUUCAUGUACUCUCUUGCCAGCUAUCACAAAUUCAUCGAAAAUCAACUGAAACCGGAUAAGGAUGGAACGCCGGUUAUUGCCCCGGACGAAUGUUUUGCUCCGGUAAGAAUUUUUGUUUUUUGGUUUUUUUGCGAUUCUGGAAGAAACAUUUUGGAUGGAUAUAGCAUUAUUAUCUCGUACCGUUUCCAUCCGGACUCGAAUAUGUUCAAAGUGGGUCAGAAGUGUGAAGCGGUCGAUUACAAGAACUUCAACGGGCGACCGUGUCCAGCGACAGUGGUCGAGGUGAUUGGAGAUUUGAUCACGAUUGGAUACGACGGAUGGAAUCAGGCGUACGACACAAAGCAGCGAUUCGAUAGCCGACACAUAUUUCCGAUGGGUUGGAGUGAGAAGGCUGGACUGGAGGUACAGCCUCCG